GACAGGACAGGAUCUUUCUGUUUUCGGAGAUCACGAAAAAAGAUCUCAUACUGGAUAGUGCUGACAUUUUGUCAGCUUAAUCUAGUAAGUGGUAGCGUUGCUGAGCCUCCUUAAACCCCGAGCCAUGUCGCCCCCAACAGUGCCUCCGAUGGGCGUAGAUGGUGUGUCCGCAUACCUGAUGAAGAAAAGGCACACCCACAGGAAACAGCGGCGCAAGCCCACUUUCCUCACCCGUAGGAACAUUGUGGGCUGCCGCAUUCAACACGGCUGGAAGGAAGGCAACGAGCCUGUGGAGCAGUGGAAGGGCACCGUGCUUGAGCAGGUUUCCGUGAAGCCCACUCUCUAUAUCAUCAAAUAUGAUGGCAAAGAUAGUGUGUAUGGACUAGAACUGCACCGAGAUAAGAGAGUUUUAGCACUAGAGAUCCUUCCUGAGAGAGUGCCAACUCCUCGCAUUGAUUCGCGCCUGGCAGAUUCCCUGAUUGGAAAGGCAGUGGGUCAUGUGUUUGAGGGUGAGCACGGUACGAAAGAUGAAUGGAAGGGCAUGGUCCUGGCGCGAGCCCCCGUGAUGGACACUUGGUUUUACAUCACGUACGAGAAAGAUCCAGUCCUUUAUAUGUACACGCUGCUGGAUGACUACAAAGAUGGUGACCUGCGCAUCAUUCCAGAUUCCAACUACUAUUUCCCUGCAGCAGAACGGGAGCCUGGAGAAGUUGUCGACAGCCUUGUGGGCAAGCAGGUGGAGCACGCCAAAGAUGAUGGGUCCAAGAGAACCGGCAUUUUCAUCCAUCAAGUGGUGGCCAAGCCAUCUGUCUACUUCAUUAAGUUUGAUGAUGAUAUUCACAUUUAUGUCUAUGGUUUGGUGAAAACCCCCUAAAUUCAUUGUGCUACUGCAAAAGUUGUGGAACUAUUAAAUGUAAAAUAUGUCGUGUGAACUUUUGAGAACAGUUUUGAAGUCAGAGAUUAAAGAAUUUAUUAUUACUUACGGUGCCUCCAAAUCUUACAUUGACUAGUUCCACAGUUUUGCCCGAAGUAUACUUUGGUACUUUUGAUAUUGCCUUGUUCUGUAAUCAAAAUUUUAAAUCGGGUGCUAAUAGAAAAGUGUUUGUAAAAUUUGGAACAAUGGAAAACUAGAUAAAGAAAAAUAAAUUGUGUACACACACUAUAUCCUCCUCCCCACCAUUUCUUUCUUUGCCUUACCAAUUUUUUUCUCCCCAGAUAACAAGUGUUAAGAACAUAAUGUAUAUCCUUCCAUGUUUUCCCCAUCCUCUUAAAGAAAGUUUGUUGUAGUCCUUUCUACAGAAACAGCAAGCCCCAUUAUUUCUCUGUAAUUGCUUUUCUCCCUUGACAUAUCCUUCUGAUCAGUAGCUACAGAUAUCUCUCUCUCCCCAUGCCUCCCUCUCCAUAUGGUAUAAGAUAGAUGUCCAACUAUACAUUUUAUUCACAUUGGAUACCUGAUUGUAUCAUCACAUUUA